AUGAUAGUGCAUUUAGCCGUGCCUCUAGCCGCUAUCCCUUUUGCUGACCUUGAUGACGAUGAUGUCUUCGUCCCUGUGAUCCAUGUUGAACACCCAGAGGACGAGCUAGGUGACGGAGAGGUUAUAGAUGACAUAGCUAUUCUUGUGUUGCCAUCACCCGUCAUAUCGGUUGUUGAUAUAUCGUCAUCCUCAUCUGCUGCCGAGAGUGAGCAGUUAUCGGAUGACGCUUCAUCGGCUGCCCCAGUUCCCCCUUUACCAAUACACUCACCCCUUGCGGUCCCAUCUGCUCCUGUCGACCCCUUUCCUACUGUUAGACCACCCUGCAUGUAUACUCCUAUACCCCCACCGGGCAUGGACCCUUUUGAUCCUUAUCAUCCCUCUCAUUUCCCUCCGACCACUAUGGAGGAUAUGACGAUGUCUCAUGAUGUUCAGAUUUCCAUACUUUUUCGUAGACUCGCAGAGCUCCAGCCCGAGUUAGCUGCGGUCAGAGCUGCCAUCACUCCCCCACCACCACCUGCAUCACUGCUACCACCCUUGCCAUCAUCACCCCCUCCAUCACCACCAUCUCUGCCACAGUAG